AUGUCAUCCUCAUCGCUCAAGCUCCUUAGUGCCCCUUGGCUGUGCUUGGCAGAGGCUGGAACCGUCCCGCAGACUCCGCAGAAUGGCAUACACAGCGUGGGAGCUGGCACUUCGGAUGAGUUCGAGGUCCUCUGUGGACCGUUGUUGAACUACAAGCGAAUGAGCAACGCAGCCUCUCAGGCUCCAACAUGGCAUGGGAGUAUUCUCAUUGUCACCACACCGGGGCAACAUCAUCCAGAGCUCACCUUGCGAUGUCUCGGCCCCGCUGUAGCUAGCCAGACGAAUGGCUCUGCAUCAGUGACGGGGUCUGGAUCUAUCCCGGGUACAAAGCUAUACGAGGACCCGAGAAAGACGUUCUGGCGCUUCUUAAUUGACGUGCCAUUCCAGAACUUCGAGGCCAAAUGGGAGUAUAGCAUCGCGAGUACUACGCGUUCAUCCGGAGAGCGGAAAGGUGGACCCAACACCUUCGUGGUCCCAUCAAUUGCGCAAUCGAUGCGCAUCCUCUUCCAUUCCUGCAAUGGCUUCAGCGUUGGAACUAACGUUGAUGCUUGGUCAGGUCCCGCGCUUUGGAAUGACGUCCUCCGGAUGCAUCAGCAAAAACCAUUCCACGUUAUGAUUGGUGGCGGCGAUCAAAUAUACAACGAUGGAGUACGAGUAGAUGGCCCUUUGCGUGCCUGGACAGACAUUGGGAACCCGCACAAGCGUCGCGGAUACCCUUUCAAUGAACAGUUGCGUGCCGAAUGCGACGACUAUUACUUCAACAACUAUAUAGGGUGGUACGGCACCAAACCAUUCUCCGACGCAAACGCCCAAAUUCCCCAACUCAAUAUCUGGGACGAUCACGACAUCAUCGAUGGCUUCGGCUCAUAUACUGAUCGCUUCAUGAGAUGUGCAGUCUUCAGGGGCAUCGGUGGUGUAGCACACAAGUAUUAUCUCCUGUUCCAGCACCACAUCCCGCCCCCGAAGAGUACUUUCACGACAGAUGCUCCAAACACAAUGAAAGUAGGACUGGAUGGUACUCCAGAAGAUCCCAUCCAAAUGAAGGAUACUUUCGUGAAGACAGAUGACAAGGAGGACCCUUCCUAUAUCAUUGGUAGCAUGCCUGGGCCGUAUGUUGAAGAGCGAAGCCGGAACCUCUACUGCCAAUUAGGUGCACGAAUCGCUUUCUGUGGUAUUGACGCGCGUACCGAGCGCACCAGACAUCAGAUCAACUACCCAGAGACCUAUAAGCAAAUAUUCGAUCGGCUUAGCGCGGAGUUUGCAGCUAAUAAGGAGAUUAAGCACCUAAUCCUCCUCCUUGGCGUUCCCAUCGCAUAUCCACGUCUCCAGUGGCUGGAGAAUAUCUUCUCCUCUCCUAUCAUUGCGCCGAUCAAAUUCUUGAACAAGCGUUUUGGAUUCGCCGGAGGAGUCUUCAACAAGUUCGAUGGCAACGUGGAUCUACUUGAUGACUUGGACGACCAUUACACGGCACAUCAGCACAAACAUGAGCGAAAAGAGUUGAUUCUCCAACUUCAGGACCUUGCCAAGAAACACUCUGUCCGUAUCACUAUUCUCGGUGGUGAUGUUCAUCUUGCCGCCAUCGGGCGCUUCUACUCUAAUGCAAAGCUUGGAAUCCCAGCCGAACGUGAUUUCCGCUAUAUGCCUAAUGUUAUUAGCUCGGCCAUCACCAACAAGCCACCGCCGCAAGCUGUUGCUAAUUUACUGGCCUCCAGGAACAAGAUCCACCAUCUUGAUCAUGACACCGACGAGACGCUGCUUGAACUCUUUGACCAUGACCCAGGCCACAAACCAGGCGCAGAGGUCAUUAAUGGGAAUGGCAACGGCAACCGCACCGGCACGAAUGGAAAGAUUCCGAAGAAGACAUCCGACAAGAACCAUGCGACCAUGCCUUCGCGCAAUUACGCCAUCAUCGCCGAGUCGCAAGAGGAUCCCGCAACUGUAGCUGCCGCCGUACCAGCUCCCGCGCCUACGACUGCUACCAACGGUGACGCGCCGGCGCCGGUGGAAGGGACACAGGAACUUGUUCACGGAGCUCCAGUGUCCGCUGUGCUUGAUGUGAAGGCCAACGCUCGCAAACCGAUGCAUGCCGGUGAGAAUGGUGCUGGCACAUUCCAUCCUGCGGCCACUGGACUACAACCAACGGGCCUUUGCGGUGCAUAUGGGCUCGACGUCACUAUCAGAGUAGAGAUCACCCCGAAUGAUAAGGAAGGCCAUACGGAAGGCUAUGGAUUCAGUGUUCCUGCGCUUGAUGCAGGAGCUUACCUCGGUCAGGGGACUACUUGGUAA